AUGGCAACCCUCAAACCGCCCUCCGCGGGGCACCGCACCUCUUCUUCAACACCCACCGGUCCACCCAAAGCCCCCGUCAAAGCAGACGCCACCGCAACCAUCGCCGACACAGCCGUGUUCCAAGGCACGCACCCAGUCAGCAUCGGCGCCGGCACGGUCAUCCACCCGCGUGCGCGGUUCUACGCCUACGAAGGCCCGAUCAGCAUCGGCGAUGGAUGUAUAAUCAGCGAGAAAGCCGCAAUCGGAGCGGCGCCUACACCUCCAGCUUCGAAACCAACCUCCGGAUUUUCUUCUCCAUCCUCACCAACAUCAACAUCAGACCAACCUCAAUUAUCUUCCUCGGAAAUAUCUACCCGCAUCUCCUACUUCGUUAUCAUAGGCCCGCUCGCCACCAUCCACCCAGGUGCUCACAUCCAUUCCUCCGCGAUAAUCGAAACCCUAGCCGCGAUCCACCGCCGCGCGGAGAUCGGCGCGCACACGAAGAUAGCGGCCGGGUGCGAGAUCGCCGACGGCGCGUCCGUGCCUGAAUGGGUGGUCGUGUGGGGGUCGGCGCCGGGACAGCGGCGCAAGCGGACGCGCGAGGCGAAGAUGCCCCCGCAGGCGGUGGUCGCGGCGGCGUACGUUGCACAGGAUGCUGUGCCGGAGCCGGCGCCGCAGGGCAAGAUGAUUGAGGAUGCGCGGUUGAUGGUUUUGCAGAAGGAGCGCGAGGUGUUGUCGCGGAUGAUUGUGCCGGCCGGUGGGGGGCGGAAGAGAUGA